GGUCACCCUGAGUUCUGUUCGCCGUUUGUUUCCUGCUACGAGAGAAGAGCGGCGUCGAGACUGACCGGGAAGGCUGAACAACACCACCUCCUCCAAUAACCACGACAUACAAUGAAACUGUUCGCAAUAUCUCCAUCUCUGGAUAUCCGUUUCGCCGCUGUUAUAUUGCUGGUGAUGGGCCUCUCUACUCCGGGGAAAGCAGAAAUUAUCAGUCUGGACUCAUCCAACAUCGAUGAUGUCCUGAAUAAUGCUGGGGUAGCAUUAGUCAACUUUUACGCUGACUGGUGUAGAUUUAGUCAAAUGCUCCAUCCGAUCUUUGAGGAGGCGUCAAACAUCGUGCGGGACGAGUUCCCUGAUACCAAGCAGGUGGUGUUUGCUCGGGUCGACUGUGACCAACAUUCCGACAUAGCUCAGCGCUACCGCAUCACCAAGUAUCCGACGCUGAAGUUGUUCCGCAACGGGAUGAUGAUGAAGAGGGAGUACAGGGGUCAGAGGUCGGUUACCGCCAUCGCUGACUUUAUCCGCCAGCAGCAGGUCGACCCUGUGAAGGAGAUACACUCAAUGGAGGAGGUCAAUACUAUAGAUAGAAGCAAAAGAAACAUUAUCGGAUACUUUGAACAAAAGGACUCUGAUAACUACCGCACAUAUGAAAAAGUUUCCAACAUCCUCAGAGACGACUGCACCUUCUCCGCUGCGUUUGGGGCUGUGUCGGCGUCUGAGCGCUUCAGCGGAGACAGCGUCCUCUACAAGCCUGUGGGCGAGGGCGCCCCUGACCUGGUCUACCUCGGCUCCCUCACCAACUUUGACCUGACGUACACUUGGGCACAGGACAAGUGUGUGCCUCUAGUUCGGGAGAUCACCUUUGAAAAUGGGGAGGAGCUGACCGAAGAAGGACUUCCCUUCCUCAUUUUGUUCCAUCUUAAAGAAGACUCUGAAAGUUUAGAAAAGUUCCAGAAUGAAGUAACUCGACAGCUCAUCAGUGAGAAAGGAUCUAUAAACUUCCUUCAUGCGGACUGCGAUAAGUUCCGCCACCCUCUGCUCCACAUUCAGAAAACUCCGGCUGACUGUCCCGUCAUUGCCAUAGACUCGUUCAGGCACAUGUAUGUCUUUCCUGAUUUCAAAGACCUCACUAUUCCUGCAAAGCUAAAACAGUUUGUUUUGGAUCUUCACUCCGGAAAGCUUCACAGAGAGUUUCACCACGGUCCUGACCCCACAGACAGCACACCUGGACAGGAGGCGGAGAAAGAGGUGGCCAGCAAUCCUCCAGAGAGCUCGUUCCAGAAGCUGGCACCAAGCGAGACCCGCUACACCAUCCUCAGACGGGACCGUGACGAGCUGUGACCUAAGCAGCCCUGCAGGGAUCCUGAGACUCAAUGCCACGCCCCGGGGUCAGGGAGGGGUCAGGGUUGGGACAGGCCAGCGGGACAGACGAGUAACACCCAACACCCUUACUGGAAAAAUGGAGAAGGAGGACGACAAAAAGAAGAACAAGGAGAGAGCGGUCCAUAACAUAAUGUUGGAGUAGCCUAUAUUUUCAUAACUCUUUGUCAUGCAAUUUUUAUUUUGAUUUAGGAGAACGGGGGGAUGAAGAAGAAAACGUGUGUGCAAGGGUCUGGGGCAUUUAGGACAUAAAGAGAAGUUUACUUUUAUUUCUUUGGAGGUUGUAAAUAUGUUUGUGCUACGUUGGAAUCACAAUGUUGGUCUAAAUUAAAUGCAGAGUUUUCUUUAUUUUAUGUAGUCUUUUUGUCAUCACGCUGUUUUUCUGCCCUGAGCAUCAAACCGUGUCCUCACUCCAGCUGUGUGGUUCUUAUCUGUGGGUUGUUCUAGUUCAGCCUGUCUCAAUGCAAGAUGCUCCUCUAACCUCAUUAACCUCAUGGCUGCAUCUCCACCAUGACCAACUCCUGUCUAAUUCAUUUGUAGAGCACAUGUUAAAACGUUAUGCCUGUUUAAAAUAGCUUUAUUUCAAUGUCUCCUCAUCAAACAGAUGGGGGGGGAAUAGAGACGCCUCGUAGGAGUAGCAACAUUUCUAAUCGAGACGAGCGGCUGAACUGUUCCAUCCUUCUGGGAUACAACCCUUCUCUCCCUGGUACUGUUCGUAUUCUGGCUCUGGAUUAUGAAAUGCUCCUCGGAUAUUUUUAUGUUCUACUUUUUACUAUACGGUGCCACAGUGGGGGGUGUUUAUCUGUUUCUGUCAUCAGUAACGCCACAAUUUUAAUUCCUAAAAAGCAUGACAGAGAUUUUUAACAUUAUUUUCUUAACACGUAAAACACAUAAUCCCCAUUUCAAAGUGCUGGUAGUGGCAGCAUUAUGCUGUGGGGAGACCUCUCUGUCCCAGAGUGCCUCUGGUUAAAGCUCUUCCUUCAAACCUAGUAAAAAAUACAUCAAUAAUCAGAGAUCAAUCUGAUUUGAACUUAAAAUGAAAGAGCCUAGUUUGUUGCUGAGGUACUAAAUUGACUGCAAAGAAUGACAUGAAUUAUUUUCUAAUGACUCGGAAAACGAUUACAAAAUGUUCCUAAAUGAUCUUCACCAUCAUUAAUUUAUGUAACUCCUGUUUUUGUUUGUGUCUUCAUGCUGGGGGCGAAAACACUACGACUCUCCCAAGUGUUUUAAGGGGAAAACCCAAGCGGUUAAAACGAAGCCUGCUACUUUCUACCAGUUUUUCUUUUUGUUUCUUUGUAAAUCCGGUUUUAGUCCCUUUAUACCUCUGUAAGGUUUUCGUACUGUUCUGGGAAUCAAGACGUUGGACUUGGACGUGUUUGGGGACUCAUUUGUGUUGUGUGUCCUGUCCUCCCAUUUUGGACCUGCAUAGUGACAUAUCAGCCCGCAUGCAAAGCAACAAAGAGGGAGGGGGGGGGGGGGAGUCCGAUGCCAUUUUUUAAUUGCUCAUCUCAGAGGUGAAGGAGAACAAAAAAAAAAAGAUUAAAUAAAAAUACAUUUUACA